AUGAGUAGGAGUCAUUCAAAUGAAUUAGUUUGGCGGAGGGGAAUUAAUAUAUUCGAGGUGUUCAUUCCAGAUUUCGUUGUUGAUUAUCUUAAAACCUUUGAUUAUCCUAUAUUUUAUAAAUUUCAUGGAGUUUCUCUUAGUACUUUACUCUGCUUAGCUCCCUUUACCAAAGGAAUUGAUAUAACAGAGGAAGAAUUCGAUUCAUUGGCAAGAAUUGCAAUUCAAUUAAUUUUAGCUAACAGCAAAAACAGACUUCAUAAAAUGUGCACAAAUGCUUUAUGCGGUAUCAGUGUUGAUAUCGAAUUUUUUGUAUUGCCUUUUCUAUCAAAACCAAGCAUAAAUGCUCCGAAAGAAGUUAUUAAAUUUUUGGAAAAUUUUUCAAAACAAGCACGUGUCAGUGAAAAUUUUAGAUACUAUUUCAGGAGUCCAUACUUCCAUGAAUUAGAAGUAAAUAAUAAUGAUCAAUAUGCAAGAAUUUUACAAAUGUAUGAUUACUCUAAACUCGAAACAGAUAAUCCUAUCAAAAGGUGUCUUGAUUAUCUCAAGAUUAUUCAGCAAGACAAUAAAUCAGGAGAUCCCCAAUUAAAAGAUGGAUCCAAAGACGACAAACAAUCAGAUCCUCAAGUAAAAGGUGAAUCCAAUAAACCAAUAGAUUCAUCAGGAAAAUCUAAAGACAACAAAACAUCAGUUUCUACACCAAAAACUCAAUGUAUUGAACCUGUCAUCAAAAAUACUAAUUAUCAAACUAACAAAACGGUACAUUCCAAAAGAAAAGAUCAAGGCACGGACCCAAUCGACCAAAAAACUUAUCUUCCAACGAACAAAGCAGUUAAUUCCAGAAGAAAAGAUCAAGGCACGGACCCAAUCGAUCGACAUCAACAUCAUUCCUGCAACAUUGCCUGA